AUGGCGCGCCGCUAUGAAAUCGAGGAGCUGUUGUGGCUUCGCGGUUCUCCGCUAGUCACGAAGCCUGAUACGUUGCCUCCAGUUGAAGAAUGGAUGGGACCGAUCCCAGAUCCCACAGCACGGAAGCCAAAUCAUCGAGACCAGAAUCCAGGUGAUAGCCCAACCGCACAACGAAGACCAAGUUUAUUCGGGGAGAGUCGACAUAUUUCUAGGAACUCGAAUUCAGAGGAUAUUGUUUUAGGACCGCCAAAGACGGCAUUCGCUUCUGCUUCACGGAUUCAUGGCAAAGGCACAUACGAUAGUACCGAACGACCUGCAAGAUACAAUGAUACCGAAGAAGGCAAAGGCGACCGCUUCAACUUCCGAGAAAAAACUUUCAAGGACAGAGAAGGAGCGGACCGAGAUGGCAGGUUUGGAGGCCCCAAUGGUCGUCGAAACGAUCGCGAGGACUGGAAUUCCGGCCGACCUCGUCGUACGUUUGGCCAGGAAGAAGGCGAUCAACGACCGAGGCGCAAUGGUGACACGAAAUGGGAGCCGCGCGAGAAACAAGAUGAGCUUGGUCUUAGCAGAAACAUGAAAGACAAGGACGGUCGGUUUGAAAAGGAAGGCCGUUUUGACAAAGAGGGACGAUUUAUCAAAGGAGACACACCUCUCCGGUCAAGGCAGGAGAAGAGCUGGUUUCGCGAUGAGGCAGCAGGUGGUGAUGGCGUGGCACUUGAAGAAGAAAAACCAUUCAUGCGAGAACGAGAAUGGAGACGGGAUAGACCAGUGCCUGAUCGUGAUUGGAAUCGGGGUACGAGAGUAGAGCAAGAUCCUGAGUGGAUGGAUUCUACAGACAGAGAUGAGUCCAAGCGGAUUCACACUCAGGAAGACUUUCAACGGUGGAAGGAGAGAAUGAAAGCAGGCUCAUCCACACCUGCGCAGCCUGAAGAGAAAGAAGAUGCUAUACCAGAGCAGGCCAGUGCGGAAGUUCAGAAGAUGGAGGCGAAUCAUCUGGACGGAGAACUGUUCGCAGCCAGUAAAGGUCAUCUACCAGUUGAUGCAAAUUUUGGAAAAUUCUUUGGGAUACUUGGCGAGAGCAAGCAACCCCCGCCUGAAGUCGCUGCCGUACCCAGUCCUGUCGAAUCUAUCAAGAAAGAUUUGGCUGCCGCCAAGUCGUCAAAGUCGUCUAGGUUUGCGGGAUUGUUCAGCCCGCCGCCGGAUACCUCAGUCAGAGGACCAGAACCAGUGCAGGAUAUCGCUCAUCCUGAACGUCCGGCUUCUACCGAUGCUGAUCAAGAAGGGUUUCAGCGUAUUCUUGCAAUGCUCGGAGGCAGCAAAUCGCGCAACACAACUCCUCAGGUGGACAGCUCUCAGCAACCUCGUCCACCAUCGUAUGUGAUGCGCGAGCAGGGCCGACCAACACCUCCUCCCGGCUUACCGUCUCCGACGAGAAACCUGAUAAAUCGGCCGGAUGAGCUGCUUGGUCAAGCGACUGCUGCUCCUCGGGCUAUGCAUCCUCCCCCAGGAAUGGAAGGUAUGCUUCCUCGAGACCCACAGGCACAUUUCAACGAACGUGAGAAUCUUCUUCGACUUAUGCAACAAGUAAACGUAUCUUCUCCGACAUUAACACAACAUGGAAACGCACCGCCACCGCCAUCGCAGAUGAGUCAAGGUGGUCAUCAUACUCCUGGAAUUUUGAACGUCCCUGACCUUCUAUCGCGGCCGCAAGGUAUGCAGAAAGGACCAAGAAGUCAGACGUUCUUAGAUGAUCCUGCUAUUGCCAACAUGCAACGACCAGACUCUGGGCUUAAAGGACAACAAGUGAGAAAACCUCCCGUGGACGGUCCGCCGCAAAUGAGAUACUAUGAUAUGCCCUAUCCUGGUACUCAGGGUGCGCAGGGACCUACUACUCCUGGCGCCGGACGAGACCCUCAACUUCCUCCAGCCCAUAUGGGCAUUCGGGGACCUCCAGGAUUUGGACAGAUGCCUCCUGGCCCUCCUCCUGGAUGGGCAGGACAGAUGCCACCUCAGCAAGGAGCGCUGGGGCCACCUGGUAUUCCGAACCCGGGCAAGGGUAUGAAUCCGAACUUCAUGGCAGGUCCCAUGUCGAUGCAUGGCGGUAAUAUGCCACCACCCCCGCCGCCAAACGAUAAUAGCCCACCAUUCCUGCGCGGUGGUGCCGGAGCCAACUUCGGCCUUCCUCCAGGCAUGAUGCCUCCACCGGGUUAUAUGAACAUGAACGGCCCUCCUCCGCCCCCGUCCGGUGGAUUUAUGCCUGGGCCACACAACCACGAAGCAAUGCUCAACAUGGCCGGACAGAAUGGUGGCGGAAGCGGCUUCGGCGGAUCAGCAGGUGGCCCCCCACCAUCCUCAAGACAUCUCUUGGAAAUGCUCGCACACGCCAACGGCGGCGGCGAUGGUCGCGGCGCAAUGCUUGGAGGAGGAGGAGGACCGGGAGGACAAUAUCGCUAA